AGCCGCGCCGCCGCUGGGAGCUAGCCGGAGGAGGAGUCGGCUCUGCAGCCGCCUGCGCCCAGCGGCCGCUGCGAGCCUGCCCGCUCCGCGUUCUGCCGCCGGGAACUGCGAGGAGGCGUCAUGUAGAUGCAGCAGCUAACCCACCUCGGGUUUGCAACUCUUUUUUUUCCUGGUGGGGCAGGGGGCGCGGCAAAAUUCUAUCUCCGCCCUCGUGCCUUUCUUGCCCAUUCCCAUUUACAAGCUGCGUUUAGCCUCUCUUGAAAAAACUGAGGGGGUCAGGGGAGGGCUGGGGCCCAUAAAUCAGACUUUGACUUGGAAAGCCCCCGGCGCCUAGAGGGCAACCAUGACCGAGGAGAGUUCCGAGGUGCCCAGACAGUUGACAGAAAGCAUAGAGGAUGUUAUUGGCAGAAAGAUAAAAAUUGCAGUGAAGAAGAAAGUAAAGUUGGAAGUCAAGGGAGACAGAGUUGAAAACAAAGUACUGGUGCUCACAUCAUGCCGAGCCUUCCUUGUCACAGCACGAAUCCCCACCAAGCUCGAGUUAACCUUCAGCUACUUGGAGAUUCAUGGCGUCACCUGCAGCAAGCCAGCUCAGAUGGUUGUGGAAACUGAGAAAUGCAGCAUCUCAAUGAAGAUGACAUCGCCUGAGGAUGUGACUGAAGUUCUGGCUCACAUUGGUACCUGCCUGUGCAAGAUAUUUCCUGGCCUCUCUCCAGUGAGAAUCAUGAAAAAAGUCUCCAUGGAACCAUCUGAGCAACUGACCAGUCUCCAGGCUCUGUGGGACAGCCAGACCAUGGCUGAGCAGGGCCCAUGUGGUGGGUUUUCUCAGAUGUAUGCCUGUGUUUGUGACUGGCUGGGAUUUUCAUACAGGGAAGAAGUACAAUGGGACGUGGAUACAAUUUAUCUGACUCAAGACACCAGGGAAUUGAAUUUACAAGACUUUAGUCAUCUUGACCACAGGGACCUAAUACCCAUCAUUGGUGCUCUGGAAUACAAUCAGUGGUUCACAAAGCUGUCCUCUAAGGAUCUAAAACUGUCCACCGAUGUCUGUGAACAGAUCUUGAGGGUGGUGAGUAGGUCCAGUCGACUGGAAGAAUUGGUGUUGGAAAAUGCUGGACUUAGAACAGAUUUCGCACAAAAACUGGCUAGUGCUCUAGCACAUAAUCCCAACUCAGGACUCCACACGAUUAACCUUGCUGGCAACCCACUAGAGGAUAGAGGUGUGUCCUCUUUAAGUAUUCAGUUUGCCAAACUCCCAAAGGGACUAAAACAUUUAAAUUUAUCCAAAACCUCAUUAUCACCUAAAGGGGUGAAUAGCCUUUCUCAGUCACUCAGUGCCAACCCAUUGACAGCCACCACCCUUAUCCACCUAGACCUCUCAGGGAAUGUCCUUCGCGGAGAUGACCUCUCGUACAUGUACCAUUUUUUGGCCCAGCCAAAUGCCAUUGCUCAUCUGGAUUUAUCCAAUACAGAGUGUUCCCUGGACAUGGUCUGUGGAGCUCUUCUUCGUGGAUGCCUUCAACAUUUAGCUGUGCUCAAUCUCUCCAGAACUGUCUUUUCUCACCGGAAAGGAAAAGAAGUACCCCCGUCUUUCAAACUGUUUUUCAGUAGUUCUCUGGCUCUGAUAGGAAUCAACCUUUCAGGCACAAAACUAUCUCCUGAGCCCUUAAAAGCACUGUUACUGGGUCUGGCUUGUAAUCAUAGCUUGAAGGGGGUUUCUCUUGAUCUCAGCAACUGCGAGCUGAGAUCAGGGGGUGCACAGGUGUUAGAAGGCUGCAUUGCUGAAAUCCACAACAUCACCAGCUUAGACAUCUCUGACAAUGGUUUAGAAUCUGACCUCUCUACCUUAAUAGUGUGGCUCAGUAAAAACAGAUCAAUACAACACCUGGCAUUAGGCAAAAAUUUUAAUAAUAUGAAAUCCAAAAAUCUGACCCCUGUUUUGGACAACUUAGUACAGAUGAUUCAAGAUGAAGAAUCACCGCUGCAGUCGUUGUCCCUGGCAGACUCGAAGCUCAAGACCGAGGUCACCAUUAUAAUCAAUGCCCUGGGAAGCAACACCUCCCUCACCAAAGUGGACAUCAGUGGAAAUGGGAUGGGGGACAUGGGAGCAAAGAUGCUGGCGAAAGCACUGCAGAUCAACACCAAGCUUAGGACUGUAAUUUGGGACAAGAACAACAUCACUGCUCAAGGCUUUCAAGAUAUAGCUGUUGCUAUGGAAAAGAACUACACAUUGAGAUUUAUGCCAAUUCCUAUGUAUGAUGCUUCUCAAGCCCUAAAAACAAACCCUGAAAAAACAGAAGAGGCUCUACAGAAGAUAGAGAACUAUCUUCUCCGGAAUCACGAGACUAGAAAAUAUCUUCAAGAGCAGGCCUACCGCCUACAGCAGGGCAUCGUCACCAGCACCACACAGCAGAUGAUCGACAGAAUAUGUGUGAAAGUUCAAGACCAUCUCAACUCUUUACGAAAUUGUGGGGGAGAUGCUAUCCAGGAAGAUUUAAAAUCAGCAGAAAGGCUCAUGCGUGAUGCUAAGAACUCUAAAACGUUGUUACCAAAUUUAUACCAUGUUGGUGGUGCAUCUUGGGCAGGAGCCAGUGGUUUGUUAUCCAGUCCAAUACAGGAGACCCUGGAAUCAAUGGCUGGAGAAGUUACACGAGUUGUAGAUGAACAACUAAAGGCGUUGCUUGAGUCCAUGGUUGAUGCUGCCGAGAGUCUUUGUCCAAAUGUGAUGAAAAAAGCCCACAUCCGACAAGACCUGAUUCAUGCCAGCACUGAAAAGAUUUCUGUUCCCCGUACCUUUGUUAAAAAUGUCCUGUUGGAGCAGUCUGGAAUUGAUAUCCUUAACAAAAUUAGUGAGGUGAAGUUGAUGGUGGCCUCCUUCCUGUCUGACCGAAUCGUGGAUGAAAUCCUGGAUGCACUCUCACAUUGUCAUCAUAAACUGGCUGACCAUUUCAACAGACGUGGCAAGACCCUUCCUCAGCAAGAGUCCUUAGAGAUUGAGUCGGCCGAGGAGAAGCCAGUUAAACGCUCCAUCAUCACAGUGGAGGAGCUAACAGAGAUAGAACGUUUGGAAGACCUGGAUACUUGUAUGAUGACUCCUAAAUCCAAAAGGAAGAGCAUCCAUAGCCGAAUGCUGCGGCCUGUUUCCAGAGCCUUUGAAAUGGAGUUUGAUCUGGAUAAAGCACUGGAAGAGGUACCGAUUCACAUUGAAGACCCACCCUUCCCAUCCAUCAAACAAGAGAAGCGGAGCUCAGGAUUCAUCUCAGAGUUACCCUCCGAGGAAGGGAAGAAGCUGGAGCACUUUACCAAGUUAAGGCCAAAACGGAAUAAGAAGCAGCAACCCACCCAAGCAGCGGUCUGUGCUGCCAACAUAGUCUCUCAAGAUGGUGAACAGAACGGUCUGAUAGGGAGAGUGGAUGAAGGUGUAGAUGAAUUUUUCACCAAGAAGGUGACUAAAAUGGAUUCUAAGAGAUCGUCAUCAAGAGGCUCAGAGUCCCACGAGCUUAGUGAAGGAGGAGAUGAAAAGAAAAAGCGAGAUUCUCGGAAAAGUGGCUUUCUCAAUUUAAUCAAAUCUCGAUCUAAAUCCGAGCGGCCACCAACUGUCUUGAUGAGCGAAGAACCCUCAUCACCAAAAGGGGGAGGGAGAAGUCCAGCUGUGGACACAGCCAGGAAGGACAUGAAGCCAGCAGAGCACAAUGGCAGUUCUGAACGGAUAGAGGAGAUCAAAACACCUGACUCCCUUGAAGAGGGCCAAGUGGAAGAAAUGGGGAAGGUGGAGCGGAGUGACAGCAAGAGCAGCCCCCAGGGCGGGCAAAAAUAUGGGGUCCAGGUGAUGGGCAGUGGUCUGCUGGCAGAGAUGAAAGCCAAGCAGGAGAGGAGAGCUGCUUGUGCACAGAAGAAACUUGGGAAUGAUGCCAUCUCCCAGGAUGCUUCUGCCCUGUCCUUGAGCAGCAUGGAAUGGUUGGAUGGAAGUGGGGCUGGUCUCCCAGAGAACCGCUUCGGUUUGGCAACACCAGAAAAAAAUGCCAAAGCAGAACCCAAAGUGAAUGUGGGCUCCAGGUCUCGGGGCUCUUCCAGCACACCCACCAGCCUGAAGCCCCUUCUUCAGUCCCCCAAGCCCACCCUGGCAUCCCGGCCUAUCAUCCCGCAGAAACCAAGGACCGCCGCACGGCCAGAGGACAUCCCAGACUCUCCAUCUGGUCCUAGUUCUCCUAAAGUUGCUCUUCUUCCACUCAUCCUGAAAAAAGUUCCUUCGGACAAAGAGCGAGAUGGCCAGAGUAGCCCUCAGCCCAGUCCUAGAACGUUUUCCCAGGAAGUUUCAAGGAGAAGCUGGGGUCAGCAGUUCCAUGAAUAUCAAGAACAAAAGCAACAGUCAUCUAGCAAAGAUGGGCAUCAAAGCAGCAAGUCUAGCGACUCUGGGGAAGAAGCAGAAAAAGAGUUUAUUUUUGUGUAAAGGUCGCCCAUGCCAGCGUCUCAUUUGCGUGAUGAUUUUGUUAGCCAUUAGAGAAGGACUGAGGGCAACGCCUCUUCCUAGGCACACUUCUCUUGGUGCUUUCUUUCCUUUUCUCCUCCACCCCCCUUUUUUUUUGAGUAUAGAAAAAUCCAUUUCUUAGGCAAUCAAAGCACAUUUGUUUGGUCUCCUCCCCACUUUCCCCUAAGCCUUGGCAUUUGAUUUCUAAACAUUCCUUCAUAUGCCUUCAAUGAAAGCCAGCAAUUAUUCCAUGGGCCCUACUUGAAUUUCUCUGCGGCAGCUACAGAUUGCCCUGCCGGAGGAGUUUUGGGAGGUCAGUGAAGUAACUGGACAUACUCUCACACAAGGAAAUGCCACCCAGCAGACUGUGUUGAGUACUGCUGAAUGUACUUGUGUCGGAUCUGCAGAUGACAUGAUACAGCAAUUUAUUCUUGACGUAUGCAAUUGCACAUUGUAAUUAUAUUAACAGAGCACACUAAUAAAUAACUUGUAUAAAUUAUAUAUAAGAUCAUGGUUUUUACAUUCUCCCAUGGGGAACUUCUUCCUUCCUGAUGUGAAAUUGUACAUGUAAAGCUUGGACCGUGACCUUCGCAUAACAUCAACUAAGCACAGUGAAGAACAGCAUCAAAGAGGCCCCCAGCUGAU